GAUUUGCAGUAACAUGGAAAAGGAGCCCCUGGCAAAAAGCAUCUGAAUCCAAUUCCUUCUGCAACCUAAGACCUGCCUUCACUGUAUCUCCAUAAACACAUCACAGGUCAACUAUGUUCCCACGGGUUUGGUGGCUUCUCUUUUUAUUAAACAUUCAAACAUAUGUGGCACAGAAUGUCUAUGAAGAAAGAAGAGUGGGACGAUACAAGCCCAAGGCCUUAACAGCAACAGCAGAAAAGACAACUAAUCUCAGUGAGCAAGAUGAAGACUGCAUUCUGGAAAUGGCGUUUUUGCUGGACAGUUCAGAAAGUGCAAAGGACUACAACCACAACCAAGAAAAGAAGUUUGUCUUGCAAAUGGUUGACAAGUUAAAAGGAAUUCAGCUCAAUUCAGGGCGGAUUUUCAGCUGGAGGAUGGCCUUACUGCAGUACAGCAGCACAGUGCUCAUCGAACAGACUUUCAGAGACUGGAAGGGACCUGACAAUUUCAAAGCACGUGUCGCCCCAAUAUCGUAUAUUGGCCAUGGUACCUUUACAUCCUACGCAAUAACAAACCUCACCCAGCUUUACAUGAAUGAAGGCACACAAAAGAGCAUGAAGGUUGCCUUACUUCUAACAGAUGGAGUAGAUCAUCCGAGAAACCCUGACAUUUUUGCUGCAACGUCUAACGCAAAACACCACGACAUUAAGUUUUUUACCGUGGGAAUGACAGGAGUGGCUAAAGAAACAGCCAAUGCCGCAAAACUUCGACUUCUGGCCAGUGUUCCAGCUAGCAGGUUCGUGUUCCAUCUGCAGGAGCCCGACGUUGUGGAUAAAAUCCUGAAAGAAGUGAAAGAGAUGGCAGAAGAGGGGUGUUCGCAGUCAACAGCAUGUGAGUGUGAAAAAGGUGAACGAGGACUUCCUGGACCUGCUGGUAAAAAAGGCCGAAAUGGAGAUGAUGGUGCCCCUGGCCUAAAAGGAACAAAGGGUGAAUCAGGACUAAAUGGAAUUCCUGGAAGAGAUGGAACAGAGGGUAAACCUGGAUACAAAGGGGAACAGGGUGAAAGAGGCGAAUGUGGAAUCCCUGGAAUUAAAGGAGACAGAGGUCCAGAAGGUCCAACAGGUCCGAGAGGAUUGAGAGGUGUGCAGGGAAUUCAAGGUCCACCGGGAGACCACGGUCCCGAAGGACUUCAAGGAGCGAAGGGUGAAAGAGGCCUUCCUGGACCUUCUGGAUUUCCUGGUGAAACAGGGAUAGGACUGCCAGGUCCCAAGGGUGACUUUGGGUCACAAGGAAGGCCGGGACCAGCUGGUCCACCAGGAAUAGGGGAACCUGGGCCUGCAGGACCUCAAGGAUCACAAGGUAUGCAAGGAGAAAGGGGACCCCCUGGAGAAGGACUGCAAGGACCAAAGGGAGACCGAGGCUUUGAAGGGCCCAGGGGACCUCGGGGUCAACCAGGAUCUAGUAUUAAAGGUGACAAGGGUGAUUUUGGAUCGCCUGGUUUGCCUGGCCCUCUUGGUUUACCAGGUACAGGAAUUCAAGGAGAAAAGGGUGUCCAAGGUCCUGCAGGACCACCGGGUGUUAGGGGACCAGCAGGAGAAGGCUUCAUGGGACCUAAGGGAGAACAAGGUCUACCAGGUGAAUCUGGAGUUCCAGGAGAAAGAGGAUUAGGAGAACCUGGUGCAAAGGGUGAGCCAGGAUCGGCUGGAAUGGCAGGUUUGCCAGGACUUCCCGGGGAGGAUGGAGCACCAGGACAAAAGGGUGAGCCUGGACUUCCUGGUCUCAGAGGUCCCGAGGGGUCACCUGGCAUUGGUAUACAAGGUGAAAAGGGUGAUCAAGGUCAGCGAGGUAUCCGCGGAUUAACAGGACCUCCUGGACCUGCUGGACCAUCUGGACCAAAGGGUGAACCAGGUGCAGUGGGACGGUUAGGGCUUCCAGGUCCUCCCGGCCGUGCAAUCGUUGGGCCUAAGGGUGACAUUGGCCCAUCUGGUCCUCAGGGUUUAAUAGGAGAACCGGGAAUUGGAAUUGCAGGACCAAAGGGGGACAGAGGAAAUCCAGGGCCACAAGGACCAUUUGGACCAAAGGGAGAUGGGUACCCAGGCUUACCAGGAAUGCCUGGACUUCCUGGACCUCAGGGGGAUCCUGGAUCAGAAGGCUUUGGAUUACCAGGACCUAAGGGCGAUCAAGGUGUUAGAGGACCUCUUGGUGUCCCCGGACCACCAGGUGAAGGUUUACCAGGACCAAGGGGGAAUGUAGGGAAGCAAGGCCCACCUGGGCCCCAAGGACCACCUGGCGAAGGAAUUCAGGGAGCAAAGGGAGAACCAGGAAUUCAAGGUGGAUCUGGACCUCGUGGACCUCCAGGAGAAGGACUUUUAGGUCCAAAGGGUGAUCGUGGUUCUGCUGGUGAAAGAGGAAGAAAAGGUGAUAAAGGUGACACAGGAGAGACUGGAGUACCCGGAGAAUCUGGUCGGCCUGGAUUUAAAGGAGAAGCAGGAUUAACAAGAGAAGAUAUAAUCAAGAUGAUAAAGGAGAUUUGUGGCUGUGGUGUAAAGUGUAAGGAGAUACCUAUGGAACUGGUAUUUGUGAUUGACAGCUCUGAGAGUGUGGGACCAGAAAACUUUGAAAUCAUUAAAGACUUUGUCACAGCUUUAGUCGACAGGGUAACAGUGGGCAGAAAUGCCACUCGGAUUGGACUUGUUCUCUAUAGUUUAGAGGUUCGUCUAGAGUUUGGUCUUAACAGGUUCACCACUCAGCAAGAUGUCAAGCAAGCUAUAAGGAAAAUGAUGUACAUGGGAGAAGGCACGUACACUGGGACUGCAAUACGUAAAGCUACUCAAGAAGGAUUUUUCGGAGCUAGAAUAGGGGUCCGCAAAGUUGCCAUUGUGCUCACAGAUGGCCAGACAGACAAACGAGAAGCAGUGAAGCUGGACAUUGCAGUUCGUGAAGCUCAAGCUGCUAACAUAGAAAUGUAUGCAAUUGGAAUUGUCAAUGCAUCGGAUCCAACACAACUCGAUUUCAUACGGGAACUUAACCUUAUCGCCUCUGAUCCAGACAGUGAACACAUGUACUUGAUUGAUGACUUUAACACCCUUCCAGCAUUGGAGUCUAAGUUGGUUAACCAGUUCUGUGAAGAUGAGAAUGGAGCACUCAUUUACAAUCGGAUUGGAAGCACAAUCAAUACUAUAUCCCCACAUAAAGGAUCCCCGGGGUCCAUCUCAUCAGGGACGUAUGGCGGCAGAUAUACUAAUUCACAAGAAGAAAGGGUAAACCUACAGCCGGAAAGAGAAGAAAGAGUAAAUGUACAGGAGGAAAGACGCAGAACAGAGACAGAACAAACAUUUGUGGUACAGCUUCCACCGGAAAGAGAGGUGAUCAGGGAAACAGUAGUUGAAGAGGAAGAGGAAGAAGAUUAUGAUGAUGAAAACGAUUACUCUGUAUCAACAAACAGAAAAGUGAUAACUUCAUCAACUGUAAUAUCAUCAUCCUCAUCAGAGUCUUCCUCUUCUUCGUCAUCCUCGUCAUCCUCGUCAUCAUCAUCACAACCUUCAUCAUCAUCAAAAACGUCAUCAUCAUCAUCCACAGUUAUUGUAUCUCCAUCAGAGACCAUUGUACCAUCUAUACCUGCAAUAGAAUAUACUCAAGAUGCACGCUGCAUGUUGCCAUUAGACCAGGGUCCCUGUAGGACAUACAUUAUCAAAUGGUAUUAUGACAAGCAAGCCAAUUCGUGUGCACAGUUUUGGUUUGGUGGCUGCAGUGGAAAUGGAAAUCGUUUUGAUACUGAAGAUGAAUGCAAGAAGGCUUGUGUGUUUGCCUUUGAAGGAGAGAAAUAAGGAGGUGUCUGCAAUCCCGUUAAAAGCUGAUAUACUCGGAAAACUGAAGGAAUCAACAGCAUGGGUGCACCGUUUACGUUUUUUUUUACCCCUCUGAAAUGCUGCCCUAAUGCUUUGUAUGAUUAUGACAUAUGUGACGUGCUCCAUCUAUUUUGGUUUUUAACCAGUUGUUUGUUUUUGUCGGGGGAGAAAAAAUGUUUUCCUAUACCAAAUUGGCUUCAGGCUUAAUUUCUCUACUUACAAGUAAGGUUAUUCAAUAAAGUGUUAAUUAUCAGGAAUUCAAACUGAAUUUACAUUUUUAGGCCACAAUUGGCAAAUUGAAAACAAUUUUUUUUCCACUUUGGUUAUAUCGGCCUUUAAUUUGAAAUUCACUUUGACAUCCUGAUUCAUAGUUUAGAGAUUAACUCUCCCAGUCUCAAGGCAUAAAUAGACUUGACCGUAAAUGUAAAGUAAGAUGGCCCUAUCCUCCAUAAGCAUCUUCUGAUGAGCAAAUAAUAUGUAGGGUUCUGCUGAUAAAAAAAAAAACAAGUCCAACAGUGACCAUAUGUUUUUGUACUACAACUCCCAUUAUAGUCAAAGGGACACUCCACUUUUUUAAAAAAAAAAUCAAUGUUUAGUAAAUAUACCCCAAAUGAAGACAUGCAUAAGUUUAGUUAUGCACUUUUACAUCAAGGGUAUAUCUAAAAGCAACUUGCAAUAGCUGCAGAUGCCAUGCCUGCAGGCUUUGCAAGCCCUCCCCUUCUUCCAGCACAUACUUAUGUGGUUGUCCAAUCAAAGACUACCCAAUGUAGCUCAAUGAGACGUCAUUGCAAGGCAGCUGCUCUGGGCAAUUGCUGCCUCCUGAGUUUAGCUCCACUGAGCUAAACAACCACUAACUGACAGGAUCUGUUGAUUGCCAACCAGGGGUGUAACCAGGUGAAUUUAUAAAAGUGCCAGUUUCUA